GACCUCUUUUUCGUUAUCUCCCUCAUAGGUCUUUUGGUGACAUGAAAAAGUGUCUGCAAUCGCUAGUCGUCAUCCAGGGAGUGGGUAUAUUCGGACUCCUGUUCGUCUGCGCAGGCACGACCCAAGUCAUCAGUGGAAUCCACUUCCCCACCGUUCUCCCCAUCUUUAAGCUAUGGUCUAACGUCUGGAUCGGCUUCUGGAACGUAGUAUGGGGUAUCAUCAUACUUCAGCUGAGUUGCUUCGGACAGCCAACGACGGGUAGGGUUCAAGUCCUCUUGGCUGCCACAAUGAUGAUCGCGGCUGGGAAUGCCGUAAAUAUUAUACUUCUGGAGAUCGAAUGGAGAUUGCUACUCACCGAGGAUGAGAAGGAGAAAAUCAUCAGAGAGAAUCUCUCCACAAGCCAAUCAUAUGCUUACCUGAGUACAAUGACUAGCUCAGCCGGAUCCUUUGCGAUCGCCGUGCUGGGUGCAUUUUAUAACAGACAGCUCUUGGUGAAGAUCCAGGACGAGAACAUUGAACUCAGGAACGUGCGUCAUGAGAGGGACGUAGGAGGCAUGGCCUGGGUCUUCGACCCGCGAAAUUAUCCCCUGCACGAGAAAUGGACUCCAGAUACAAUCUACGAAGACUGGAGCCGAACAGAAACUCUUCCAGCGCGACGUGGUAGUGAUGAUGAAGCAAAACGUUCUUCUCAAGAGACAGCCACUCAGACCCCUCCGAUGGGGGUUGGGUUGAGUCAUAUAUCUGCAGACGAACGAACUCCGUUGGGGUUGAAUGCCCCCAAAAUAGUUUUAACACCGUCUGUGAUCCGGAUGAACAGCAAAGUCGGCCAAGACUCAUUCAGUCCCAUCCCCCCGGAUGUGAACGAAUCACUCAGUACGAACUGUGUCGAUGCGCCCAGAUCACCGUUCACCGACUCGACAGUUGAUAUUCAUUCCUAUGGUGCCAGCGAGGACUUUUGUCGCGAGGGCAGGAGCAAUUCAGCUUACUAUCAGGGUGCCAGCCGGGAUUUAUGUCGCGAGAGUAGGAGCCAGUCGGACAGUUUCAUUCAGGAGCUGUACCGAACUUUGAAGGAGAUCGACGACAUCCCGACACCCUUGUUACCUGCUCAACAUUUUGAUUAUUGCAGCUUUGUGAAAUGAACAAGUUGGGGGAGUAUCAUUCAUCCCCGCUGCUAUGCUCAGGGUUCCUUCAAAAUGUAUUAACAUAAUUCCUUAAUAUUAUUUUCGCAAGAAUGUUCAAGUUCCUCUGCAUGAAUUCAGCUUUUUUUUUUAAGAGAUACUUAUGACUGUUUUUUUUUGGGUUUCUUGUUCGUUGAGUACUUCGUUAGAAUUUCCUGGCAGAAGUGGGAAUUAUGCGUUCUUUCAGGAGUAUAGUCGAUAAUCUCCCUCAAGGUCAACUUUUUGCUACCUACCCUCGAUUGAACCGACAAAAUGGGUCAUGUCAUCUACCUUACAUUUACUCGCAAAUUUUUCCAUCACUUGUUGCGGGGGAGGUGAUUCAUUAUUAUUCCAUCGUCUGUAUGAACCGCAUUAACUGAAUUUGUUUUCCACAUAUUCCAUGUUUUCAGUCAGUUCUGGGCGCAACUUCCCUAGUUUUCCGAUUGCAUCAUCCUACUUCAUGCUUAUUGCCGAAUCAAUCGCAACAUUUCAUCCUCAUGAAGUGAUUCUAGGCAUUUUCGGCGUAACUAAUACUGUAACAAUAAAAAUUCAAACAGUUGGAAUUGUACUCCUGUAAAUUAUAUCUUCCUAUCACUUCAGUCCUUCCAUCACUGACCUCAGGUUUUUUUUCUUCAAAUCUGUAGUGUCUGAUCAUAGCUUUUGCAAUAUGCUUCUCAUGGGCAUUCCACUGAACCCUCAAAUUUCAAAUCUAUCUUGAAGGAAAAAAACAAACAACAUGCAUGACUGAGAGGAUGAAUCAACAGAAAACUAUUCUCAAAGCAAGAUUAAGUACCC